UGCACAAUCCAGCAUCAAAGUCAAUCGCACCGUCAAUCGAACAGCAUCAAAUUACUCAACUUACUACAAGUAAUAGUCAAUCAGUUCAAAAAUGAAGUCUUACGCCGCUAUCAUCCUCGUAUCCAGUCUCAUUGCCGCCGUUAGCUGUGCCCCACAGUUUGGAUUCGGUGCAUCCGGAGCAGGAGCCAACGCCGCAUCCCAAGGAAUGGGAAUGGGAGGAGGAUUCCCCGGCAUGGGUGGUGGCAUGAGUUCCUCAAACGCCAACGCCGGUGCACAAGGUUUCGGAAUGGGCGGUGGAUUCCCCGGAAUGGGAGGCGGCAUGGGAGCUUCGUCCGCAAACGCUGGUGCCGCUUCGCAGGGAUUCGGAAUGGGCGGACCUUUUGGAGGCAUGGGAAUGGGAGGAUCGGCGGCCAAUGCUGGAGCGCAAGGUAUGGGUCAGGGAUUCGGUGGAUAAGAAGUAGUAUAUAGUUCAGGCUUCCACUAGGUGCUCGAAUCAUUUCAUAUUGAAGCUAUUUAUUUAUUUUAAAAGAACGUAAUAAAUUGUUGAUAUUACGUAUAUGUACACUACAUAAGCAUCAAGAGUAAUAAACGA